AGCUCGGGGAGGGGUCUCAGCUCGGAGUGUGCACUGAGCGAGGUGGGCGGGAAUGGAGCAGGAGGACCCUCCAUGUGCUGGCUGUGUGGCUGCCGGAAGACAGCCCACCCCACCCCGCUGUCUAUCAAAUGGAGGGCAGCGUGGCUCCCAGGGCCUGUGGCUCUGGUCCCUCCUUCCAAGGGGCAGCUGUGUCCCCCACCGAGCUGUUGUCUAAGCAGGACCCGUAUCUUUGGCUUUGUGAGAGCCCAGACCGGACACCCAUCUCCUCCGGAAUGAAGGUCUUCCUACCCGUGCUACUGGCUGCCCUGCUGGGUGUGGAGCGAGCCUGCUCCCUGGUGUGCUUCUCGUGCACGAAUCAGAACAGUAACUUCUACUGCCUGAAGCCGACGGUGUGCUCGGACUCGGACAACUACUGUGUCACGGUGUCCGCCUCUGCCGGCCUCGGGAAACUGGUGGACUUCGGCCAUACCCUGAACAAGGGCUGCUCCCCGAUCUGCCCCAGCCCCAGCGUCAACCUCGGCGUGGCGUCCAUCGGCACCCACUGCUGCCAGAGCUUCCUGUGUAACAUCAGCACGGCUGGCCGGGGGCUGCGCGCCAGCACCGGGCUGCUGGGCCUUGGGCUCCUGCUCAGCCUGCUGUCCGCCCUGCCGCGGCUCAGGCCCUGA